GUUACGGAGGUCUGGAUCACAUUUAAAACACAUGUUACUGCUCUUUGGCUGUUUGCGGUUUGGCAGCUCCAGAGGAGAAGACACUGAUAGUCGACAUAACAGGGCCGGGGAUGUGAUCACUUGACAGACAGAUAUUAAAAAAGCAAGACGGGAACACACAAACAAAUCCAAAGGCGCACUUUGAGGCAGCACGAUCAGCAGCAGUGGGAGAGACAUAAGGGCAGACUCCAAGGCAGACAUACUAGCUUCUCAUAGCUCUUUCAUAACUACUCCAGAUCACAGAAGAGGGAAUUUUGUGGCCAUUUUUGCACCUCAGAGCCUGUUUUUGGACAAACCACUGUAGGAUCUGGAGAACUGAGGAGUGACAGAGGGAAAGUUUAACAUGCAGUUAUUGUAACCACUGAAAUUAGCAGUUAAGGGAAACCAGAAGCCUGCAGCCUUUUCAGGAGGUUGGAAUAUAAAGAAGAAAAGAGUUUGAACAGAGAGGAAUUUGUUCAGAUCAUCUAGCUAGAGACCCUAUAUUACCUAACAUGCCUUCAAUCCAUUUGGACAGUCUUCAAGGGAAUCUUGACUUUCGUUUUUUCUGAGGUAAUUUUCAACUUCUAACUUCUUGUAGUAUUGUUACCUAACUAGACACCUCAGAUUCUGCAUCAAAGCUUCAGCAGUAAGAGGUGCAUGUUUUAAAGCCUCCUUAGCCUUCUCCAUUUGGCUCACGGGUGUCUGGGUUGCUGUGACAGGUUGCGUCUGGCUCAGGCACACACACACACACACACACACACACACACACUCACAGUCUGUACUGUGCAGCUGGAAGAUCAAGAGUUUGUGUUGCACAUACCUGCACUGAGAAGACUGAGUGUGUGUGUGGUCUGAGGGACUCAGCUGGCCUGGGAAAUUGAGUCAGAGAGGCAGUCGAUUCUAAGUGCUGUCUGCCAGCAGUAAAAGGAGACGACUUCAUACUGCGGAGGGCUUCUCAGAGAAAGCGAGCAGAGCCAAGGGAUGAUGAUGAGGAUGAAACGGACCCUGUGCAGACUCUCUUGCUUGGUGACUCUGGUGGUGGAGCUGAGCUGGAUAAAUGUGGGCCACAGCAUGCACAGAGAGGGAGGAAGUAGGGUAAUGAAGCAGUGGGAAAGGAAAGUGCGGUCAGCCUCCAGCCUGGAUGAGUUGCUCAGGCUCGCAGACUUUCCUGACUGGGAGUUGUGGAAGUGUCGUCUGAGACAGCAGCAGCCAGAGACCCAGACAGAGACCCUCUCUUCUCCACCUUCAGUAGGGUCGCAUCGCUCCACACGCUACGCUGCCGAAUCUUACAGUUUGGAGAUACUUAAAGCCAUAGAUGAAGAGUGGCAGCGGACUCAGUGCAUGCCAAGGGAAACAUGUGUCGAUGUGGCCAAGGAGCUAGGCACUGACCCCUCGAUGUUCUUCAAGCCGCCUUGUGUGUCCGUCCACAGGUGUAGUGGUUGCUGCAAUCAAGAGGGCGUCACCUGCAGAAACACAACUUCUGUAUAUGUGAAUAAAACUGUCCUUAGUGUCAUUCCAUUCAAGUUUGUACCAGAACCGGUGCUGAUAAAAGUAGCUAAUCACACAGAGUGUAGGUGCAUGGAGCCCGCCAUAAUACGUCGUAAUGCUCAACCACAAAGCAGUGGCUGCUCUCCGAUGGGCCAGCUGUCAGAGGCUGAGGACUCCAGGAGACUUUGUGCCAGUGGGUUGAUUUGGGAUUGUUCAACUGACAGAUGCAUACCCUACCCUUCCAGUACACCAGAGUUUCCACUCAGUUUAUGGAUGCCCGAUUGUGAGAUAGAUGUGGAGCGCUGUGACUGUCUUCCUAGGCCCGUGCCAACUCUGCAGCCAGAACCGAUCCAUCGCUGCCAGCUCAACUCAGCCAUCUGUGCCCACAAGCAUCAACGAUUCGAUCAAGCCUCGUGCAGAUGUAAAUGGCCCAAGUAGAAGUCCACUGGGGGAAUGAAUUACGACAACCUGCUCCCCAAGAAUGUUUGGAGGCAGAGAAAGAAGGCUCAUAAUUUAUUUAUAGUCCUAUUUAUGCUGAUCACUUUAACUAAUUAAGAUGAUAUUAACUCACAACACCAUGUUAAUUGAUUUUUUUAACAUGCUUACCUUAUGUUUAAAUCAAAUUUAUGUUUUGUACAUUUGUUCUUUGUGCACUGAAUAUGUAGUUUAUAUUAAAAGAUUAUUUUUAUAAGUUGAAUUUGCAAUGAAUGUAUGGAUUAUUGCUUAACUCCUAAUGGACAUUUCACCAAUAUUAGACUUUUUGUUAAACCCCAUAUAAGUAUUUCCUCUGGUUAUUCAAAAUAAUUGAGUACAGAACUCACCUACAUGCAGCGCUUGCCUUUAGAGGGUGCAAAACUUGCAUGCUUCAUUGGCAACAAGGGCUGCUGAAUUCCACCAUGAAAAAUGAAGUUGUAAAGUUAACAAUACUCAGUAAGUUAAGUCUUGUUACUGAAAGGGUAUUGUUACCUGCGACCAUACAAAGUCUAUAAAGUUAUUCACCCUCCUCGGAAGUUUUCAUGUUUGAUUUGAGUAAAGUCAAAGGGGAUCUAAUGUGUUUUUUGUGACUCUGCGUCACCUGCGCAGUCAGAAGUCUACUUUGAUUCAAUGUUGUAAGACAAUAAAACAUACUUUUACAUACUUUUUAUAGGCAGAUCUGCUGCACUGCUAUCUAUACAAUAUCUACAAAUAUUGGUGCCUGAUUGUGGCAGAGAAGAUAGAAAUCUACGCCUCCAUAUGUUUUGUAUUCGUUAUAUGUGAAGUAUUAGAGCUUCCAGGUGAAACUCCAUCUUCUCUAUUAAAGUUUACAGACCUGCAGCAGAAACAACACUGUUUU